AUGUCCAUCCCCCGCCGAUCGCCGCCGCCGCCGACAUCGCCGCCGUGCUCCGGCCUCCUCGGCGCCCUUCACCACAGCGUCUCGGCCGGCCACGCCUCCGCCGCCGUCUCGCUCCUGCCCACCCUCUCCCGCGCGGGCCUGCGCCCGCCCUGCCCGCUCCUCUCCUCGCUCGCCCGCCUCCUCCUGCUCCGCCGCGCCGCGCCGUCCUUCCCCGCCCUGGCAGGCCGCCUGCUGCUCUACAUACGCCUCGCCGGCCUCAAGCAUUUCGUCCCCUCCUCCACCCAGCUCGCCAACCACCUCCUUUCUCUGCAUUUCCUCCUCGGCCGGCCGCGCGACGCCCGCCGCCUGUUCGCCAGAAUGCCCCGCCACAGCGUGUACUCCUGCAACGCCAUGUUAGCGGGGUACGCCCACCUCUCCCUCGCAGCCCCGGCGGCGGAGAUCUUUGCUGCUAUGCCGCAACGCGACCUCAACUCCUAUAACUCUGCUAUGCUCGCGCUCGCCGGCGGUGGAGAAAUGCGGGGAAGCUUGGUGCUCUACUCCGAGCUCCGGCACACGUCUCCUUCCCUUGGCUACACCGAUCACACCUUCUCGGCGCUCCUGGUGUCUUGCGCUGGUCUCAUGGACAGGGACCUUGCCAGGCAGCUCCAUGCCCAUUUGUCUCAUCUUGGGUUCUUGUCUGAUAUUGACAUCGCCAGUUCCCUUGUUGAUGUGUACAGAAAAUGUGGCUGCAUUGCUGAUGCACAUAGGCUGUUCGACGAGAUGCCUGUGAAAGACUUGUGCAUGUGGACAUCGAUAGUUUGCGGCUACGCAGAGGAUGGCCAGAUGAGUCCUGCUCGUCAGAUCUUUGAUCAGAUGCAAAAAAGGAGUAUCAUUUCAUGGAAUGCUCUCAUGGAGGGAUAUGUUCGUCAUGGACAGGCAGCAGAAGCAUUGAGUAUUUUUAAGCAUUUGAUCAAGGAUGGUCUUCAACCAGAUCAGUCCACCUUCAGUAGCGCUUUGUCUGCUUGUGCAGCUAUUGGUUCAGUGACACAUGGUAAGCAGAUCCAUGGCAUGUUGCUACAAACUGGUUUUGAUCCCAGUGUAAUUGUUCUUAGCUCACUCAUUGACAUGUACUCGAAAGGUGGUUAUCUGGCCGGUGCCAGGCAGGUUUUCAGUCUAGCAUGUCAGGAGAGGAGGGAUACUGUGUUGUGGAAUGCAAUGUUAUCUGCUCUAUGCCAUCAUGUCCAUGGACAGGACACGAUAGGAUUGUUUGUUCAGAUGAUUCGGGAGCGAGUGAAGCCUGAUGCUAACACGUUUUUGCUAGUUUUGACAGCUUGUUGCCAUUGCAGCCUAGUUGAUGAAGGCAUGAAUUUCUUUGAUUUGAUGACCAAGAGAUACAGGAUUGUUCCAAGAGAAGACCAUUAUGUUUGUGUGGUGGAUUUGAUCAGCCGUUCAUCCCGUUCAUGCGAUGAAGUAGUUGAAUGGAUCAGAAGUUCACAAUUCGGUUCUAGCAAACAAGCUUGGGAAACUUUGGUUGGGAAAUGCGCGAUAAACGGGAACACAGAGUUGAUGAGUAAAGCAGAGGAGCACCUAGCCGAACUGGGCAGUCCAAAAUAA